AUGUGCUCCCUUUACCAUGACAGGAAUGGUCAAAUAAAGGAAAUGGAUGUAAAAAAGUCAUGGGAGUUUAAGCAUAUUGUUGAAGGAAUGCACACUGACCAUCUCAAAACCAUUGCAUUUGCUUACAAGGAUAUUGAUAUUUCAAUUGUAGAAGAAAAUGACUUGACAUUAGUAGCAAUGGUAGGCCUGAAAAACACAUGCUGCACGGAGACAAUAGAUGCAAUUAGUGCUUGUCAAAACGCUGGAGUAAAAAUCAGACUUGCUUCAGAAGAUAAUGUUUCAGUUCUGAAAGACAUAGCUCAUAAGUGUGGAUUAAAAAUGCUUCGCAACUCAGACAGAUCGGUGCUUGAAGGUACAGAUUUUCGAAGUCUUACUGAAACAGAGAGGAUGGAUCUAGUGGAUAAAAUUGCUGUUAUGGGAAAUUCUCAUCCAUCUGAUAGGCUCCUCCUCGUUCAGUGUUUGAAGAAGAAAGGCAAUGUGGUUGCAGUGGUUGGAAACAGAACAACUGCAAGUGCUACACUAAAAGCAGCUGAUGUUGGGGUGGCCAUGGGGAUUUGGAACAGCGAAAUGGCAAGAGAAAGUUCAGACAUCAUUGUUCGAAAUGGAAAUUUCGGCUUGUUUGUGAGCCUUAUCAGUUGCGGAAGAUGUACUUACAACAACAUCCUGAAAUACAUUCAAUUUGAGCUCACAAUGAUCAUAUCAGGGAAAUUGAUUUCCUUCAUCACCACAGUGUCUUUGGUAGCCAUCCCAAUUACGGCGAUCCAAUUGAUCUUAGCAAACUUUGUUGUGAACCUAGCUGGUGGGCUUGCUCUAUUAACAGAGCCACCUACGGAUGAACUGAUGCUCAAAUCUCCAAUCAGCCCAACUGAACCUUUCAUCACAAAGGGCAUGUGGAGAAACAUAGCAACUCAAGCUCUAUACCAGACAUCCAUCUUGGUCACCCUUCAUUUCAAAGGGAAAAAUCUACUUGGCAUUAGCGAGCAGGUGAGCAAAUCCAUUGUCUUCAACAGUUUCAUGGUCUGCCAGGCAUUCAACCUGUUGAAUUCAAGGGAGCCAGAGAAGAAAAACGUGCUCAAAGGGCUUGCUCAAAAUCCUUGCUUUCAUAUGGCUGUGUUUAUCAUCCUAAUCCUGAAGGUAUCUUUUACUGAGAUUUCACAUAUUCUUGUGGAUUAUGCCAGAUUGAACAUGAGACAGUGGGGUUUGUGUAUUCUAAUGGGAUUUGUUUCAUUGCCAAUCGAUUUGGCUGUGAAAUUGACCGCCAGCUUCAUCAAGAUUUAUCCACUCCUCCCUAAUAUUGGAUCUACAAGUUUCACGGCGUCUGUUCCUGCGGAAUCAACAGCUUCUAGUAUUUUCGAGCUCCCUUGGAUUGCUGCUGGGAAAAAUUCUGACUCCACUACUUUGGCUUAG